UUCACCCGCCCCUCUCAAGUCGCCGGGGGCUGGCGGCCACUAAUACUCCCGCUCCCGCCGCCUCCCGCGAGCCGCGUGCAAGCGAGCGAGGAUGGUGAGGCUCCCGUACCUGACCGCGCUCACCACGCUCUUCAGCUACGGCCUCCUCUUCGCCUUCGGCCACUUCCGCGACUUCUUCCGCAGGAUCCUCGACGCCGGAAAAUCCAGUAACCUCAAGGGUUACGCGCCCAUUUGCUUGGGGUACGAGGAUUUCUACACGCGCCGCCUCUACCUCCGCAUCCAGGACUGUUUUAACCGGCCUAUUGCUAGUGCGCCGGAUGCUUGGUUCGAUGUAGUUGAGCGAACCUCAAAUGAUGGUAACAAGACACUCAAAUGUACCACUAAUACAUCCAAGUGUCUUAAUUUGGGUUCCUACAACUACCUUGGUUUUGCUGCAGCAGAUGAGUACUGCACUCCUCGCGUUAUUGAGUCACUCAAGAAAUACUCUGUGAGUACUUGCAGUUCCCGAGUUGAUGGAGGAAAUACUAAGCUCCACACAGAGCUUGAGGAGCUGGUUGCACGAUUUGUUGGCAAACCUGCAGCUAUUCUUUUUGGCAUGGGUUAUGUGACAAACUCGGCGAUCAUUCCUAUCUUGAUUGGGAAGGGAGGAUUGAUAGUUAGUGAUUCAUUGAACCAUAUUUCUAUAGUGAAUGGAGCUAGAGGUUCAGGGGCUACGGUCCAGGUUUUCCAACAUAACAACCCUGCACAUUUGGAAGACGUACUGAGGGAGCAGAUUGCAGGGGGCCAGCCUCGUACACACAGACCAUGGAAGAAGAUAAUUGUGAUUAUUGAGGGAAUUUAUAGCAUGGAAGGGGAGCUGUGCAACCUCCCUGAGAUUAUGGCUGUCUGCAAGAAAUAUAAGGCUUACACAUAUUUAGAUGAGGCACACAGUAUUGGAGCUGUUGGGAAAACAGGGAGAGGUGUAUGUGAACUACUGGGAGUGGAUCCUGCUGAUGUUGAUAUUAUGAUGGGAACAUUUACAAAAUCAUUUGGAUCGUGCGGAGGUUACAUUGCAGCAUCAAAAGAGAUAAUUGACCAUCUCAAGCAUGCAUGCCCAGCCCAUAUAUAUGCAACAUCCAUGUCACCUCCAGCAGUCCAGCAGGUCAUCUCCGCGAUAAAAGUUGUCCUUGGGGAAGAUGGAUCUAACAGAGGGGCCAAGAAACUUGCUCAGAUUCGGGAGAACAGCAAUUUUUUCCGUUCAGAGCUUCAGAAAAUGGGGUUUGAGGUGCUAGGAGACAAUGACUCACCUGUCAUGCCCAUCAUGCUUUACAACCCUGCUAAAAUUCCUGCAUUCUCAAGGGAGUGCCUGAAGCAAAAUGUUGCUGUUGUUACUGUUGCAUUUCCUGCUACGCCGCUACUACUUGCCAGAGCUAGGAUAUGUAUCUCAGCUUCCCAAACCAGGGAAGAUCUUAUUAAAGGCUUGCAGGUUAUCAGCAAAGUUGGUGAUCUUGUGGGAAUCAAGUACUUUCCAGUUGAGCAAGAGAAGCCUGCAUCCGUUGACAAACUUAAGAAGCUCCAGUGAGCAGUGAGAACAGACAAGCGGGAGCAGUUUGCUGCUUAUAUGCAAGAUCUACUCAGUCGUCUUGGCAUAGUCAUCAUGCUUGGUUUGGCUCUUUUGUGCACUUCAGGACCCUUCACUCUUCUUCUUUUCAGGAAGCAGUUUCGAAUUUUGUACAGCUUGUAUAAUCAUCCAUUAUAGUUCGAAACAUAACACGACUUAUCUUAUAUAGACACUGUUUUGUUGUAUUCAAGAAAACAGAAUCUCUGUUACAACCUUGAAACCCUGUAAGUGACUGAAAUCUUGUAGAUACUAAUUCCCUUCUUUUUAUUAACUUCUUUUCAAGGCUCAA